AUGCUAAGUCUCAGGUCGCUUAUUCGUAAUCAUAUAUGGACGGAGGUGGGUAAUGGGAUGAAUACUUCUGCUUGGUUUGACGUAUGGGAUGAUGUAUGUCCGCUUAGUAGCAUUGUUAAUCCUCGAAGUAUUGCAAAUGCGGGAUUUAAUAUGAGUUCAAGUUUGGCUGAUGUCAAUACAAAUGGUGAUUGGGGAUGGCCGAUAGCUUGGGUUAGUCGUUUCCCAGGGCUGAUUAGUUUGAAAGAUAUAACGUUGGAUCUGAGUCAACAAGAUAGGUUAAUGUGGCGAACUAGGAGGGGUAUGUUUUCGGAGUUCUCUACUUAUACGGCAUGGGAGGAUUUGCGUCAAGCUCAAAAUGAGGUAGGUUGGUCCAGAGUGGUUUGGUUUCCACAGGCUAUCCCGAGGCAUUCCUUUCUUAUGUGGCUGAUUAUUCAUCAAAAACUGAAAACUCAAGAUGUCAUGAGCAAGUGGAACUCGGAAAGUACGAAUUAUAAUCUCUUGUGUUGCUUGUUAUGUACGCGGGGACCAGAUUCUCACCAGCAUUUGUUUUUUGAAUGUAAGUUUGCGGAAAGUGUUUGGUAUGGGGUUCGUGACAAAGCUGGAAUGGAGUCUAUUCAGAAUAAAUGGAGUGUGAUCUUUGAUUUCCUGGUUGGUAUAGCGAACUCGAAGAUGGCUACCCAUGUGAUUGCAAAAAUUGUUGUUGGUACUACGGCUUACUUUGUGUGGGAAGAAAGGAAUAGAAGGAUUUUUUCAACGAAAAGGAGGAAUGAAAACCAACUGAUAGAGGUCAUCUUAUCCACUGUUCGAAUGAAGCUUCACACCAUGAGAUUUAAGAGUACUGUCCAAAUGGCUCGAGUAAUGCUAGACUGGAGUUUACCGCGAGGGCUUAUUGUGGCGGAUGAUGAUUGUGGUUAA